AUGUCAACUGGUGGCUAUGCUCUCCAUGGUUACAACGAAGGGUCCCUUUACCAAAGGACGCUGUUGAUGAAGCUAUCAGAUGUUUUUAUGGAGAGUCUAGAACAUGCUAGAAGCUCUACAAGUGAGCAGAUUGUAAUUGCUGACUAUGGCUCAUCUGAGGGGUAUAAUUCUAUGGUCUUUUUAAGAAGAGCUCUAUCAAAAAUUCGAGAGAAUUCUUUCAACCAAAUUCUGGUCAUUCACAACGAUUUGCCAGAGAAUGAAUGAACAAAAACUUUUAAAACUAUUUUGGAGUCUGAGGAAUCCUAUUUAAAGCUCCCAAAUGUAUAUUUCUUGACUGUUGGUCGCUCAUUUUAUGAUCAAAUUUUGCCCAAUAACUCUGUCCAUAUAGGGUUUACUUCAGCAGCAUUUCAUUGACUUUCUCAACCUCUUAGUGCGCCAGAUCAUGCAAUCCCUUCGUCUUCAAGCGACCCAGAUUUUAAAAAUUUAGCCUAUAGCCUUGCUCAUGAUGAUUUGGUUAUCCUUCUUCGCAACAGACAUAAAGAACUUACCAAUUCAGGCCAAUUAAUAGUACAAAUUUUAUUAGAAAAUUCACCAAUAAUAAAUUCAUUUGGCGCGAUUAUAAAUACAACUGUAGAAAACGCAUUUCGUAAGGGCUAUAUCACAGAAGAUGAAAAAAGAAGCAUAACAGUUCCAUGAUACGGAAGAAGCUAUGAAGAAAUUCAAAGAGCUUUAAAUGAAAUUUCAGAUUUGUAUAAGGUUAUUUCAUUUCCCCAUUUGGACGAUAACGAACUUUAUUUUGACAAUCUCCCAGAAGAGAUUAGAGUUGAAAUAAUGAAUGAACUUAAAAACCUUGAGGCUUAUUUUUUAAAAGGAGCGUUGCAAAGAGCAAUUAAAAGAAAUGAAGAAGAAAAAAAUGCAAUAUAUGUGAUGCUUAUAACAGAAUUAUUUGAUGUUAUAGAUACAAGUAAAGUUGAUAGAUGGCCAACUUUUCAGUAUUUUGUCCUUGAGAAAAAUUCUUAA